AUGCAACAGGUCGUUUCCUUCUACAAGGAGCUUCCUCAGGGCCCAGCUUCGUUCCCAAAGGGUUCCGGUCCUAUCGGAAGAUACACCGACAAGUACUUCAACGGUGACAAAGCUUCAGGAGUGCCUUUGCUCCACUUCGCCAUUGGCUUGGUUGCCUUCGGUUACGGAACUGAAUACUACUUCCAUUUGCGCCACCACAAGUCUGGUGAGCACUAA